AACGUUAUCAUGGCGAAUUGUUGUCGCUAGUUACGCUAGUUACACUUCAGUUUACAAUUGUUGAAGCCCCGAAGCCGUGUCCGCGUAGCUCGAUAUUACAAUCGAACGUGAUCAUUAAUUAAUUACCGAUCGUGAUUGUAAAGAGAUACGUGCGCAAUGUGGCGCGAGCUUUGGUCACGCGCCCUUCUGACGUGCGCAAUCGGCGGUUGCUCGAUUCUCGGCGAUUACGGACUCAGGUACGGCAAGAACGAGUCGGAGCGCGCGGUGUUUGACAACAUGACGCAUGCGACGGUGGGCGGUCUCACGUGGACGUUGAUCGUUGUUCUGUCACAUAAGCCACUCGUUCGCAAUCUCAGCAGUAUAUUCUCCUGCUUCUUACUGGCGUCCUUCAUCGACCUGGAUCAUUUUAUUGCGGCGCGCAGUUGGCACAUUCAUGACGCCACACAUUUGCAGAAGCGGCCGUUCUUGCACUGUACCACGGUUCCUAUUAUUCUGUGGAUACUUUUCAUUUCCCUAUCCAAGAUUUUCCAUUCUCCUAUAUUGGAACACACUUCCUGGAUGAUACUGGCUUCCUUCAUGAGUCAUCACAUUCGAGAUGGGACCAGAAGAGGUUUGUGGUUCUGUCCUUUCGGAUCUACCCGUCCUAUUCCCUACUACCUAUACGUGAGUCUUUGCAUGUUCCUUCCUUACAUAUUAUAUUGGCUCAUGAGUCUGCAUAAAUUUGCGCAAAAAAGUAACGAUAAUAUUACUCUCAUCGAUGUAUAAGACUUGCCGUAUAAUAUUGUAUCCAACAAAUACAAACAAAAACCUGAUAUUCUUUUAAAACUAUAUAUACGAGAACUAUCGAUUAACUAUUGCUUAAAUUAGGCGGAAAAUGGGAAAAUUAGGCUUUCUGGAAAAAAUAGAUAUUACAAUUUUUUUAGGAUUAAUAUAAAAUAAUAUUUACUUUAAUAGAAUUUAAUUUUAACUUUAAUUACAUACAAAAUUUAAUUUAACAUUAAAAAUAACAAAAAAAUGCAGUUAUAGAUGAUCACAAUUCUUUACAAUUGUUUUAUUCAGAUACAGGCAGUUAAUAAUUUUCAUUAUAUUAUAUGUAAGUUGUAAUUUUUUAUUUUUUUCAUAUAAAAAUAAUGUAAGAAAAACGUAAAAAUGUAAUUUUUACUUACCGUAGUAAAUAAAAAUUAUUUUACUAUAUAUAUUACAUUAUUUUACUAUGGAACAAAAAUAUUGAAAAUUUUACAGAUUACAUAUAACAUUAUGAAAAUCUUUUCUAUCUGUUUUAAUAAAACAAGAGAAAAAGAUUGUAUACAAUUGUACAAUUUUUUUUGUAAUUUUCAAUGUUGGAUUGUCUACUUGUAUAUGAUUAGAUUUAAAAUUAAGAUUUUAUUAUAUAAUAUAAUUUGAUGUACAUAAUAUAUAUUCAAAAUAUAAUUGUUAUUAGGAAUUGUAUAGAAUUUUUUUACAUAUCUUUAUACAACAAAUAUAUAUUUGUAAUGUAUACGUAAUGUAUUUUGAGUUAAAAAUAUCUCACUAUUUUAUACAACUGUAUAUAAGAUUAAAUGCGAUUUUUAAGUGUGAUAUUUGACGAUGAUGACAAUAAUAUAUGUACAUGACAACAAAACGAUGGGUUACAUUGUCGCUCGCGUGAACGAAAAAGGAAGUCGGAAUAAAAUUUUUAAGCGGAUGUGGAUGGACAAUUCAGGUAUAACAUAUCCACGUGUGCACAACGUAUAUAGGGACGUGUGUAAUAUUGUAUUUACACAUAAGUUUUCGCAGCUGUGUACAUAGUUUAUGGACGAGUCCCACGUGCAUUUGUUUUCUAUGCCUGCAUAUUCACCGUCCAUUUUUUAUGCGGGCUAUUCACAUAUUUAUAGAUAUUUUCCCUAACUUCUUUAGGAAUACAAUUUUGUAAUCAAUAAUAUAUGUAUACUGCAUAGUUUCAUCUACAGUGGUUUUAUGCAUACAGUGGUAUUUAAUGCAUAUUAAAUUGAAAUAAUAAUUACAAGUGCAGUUACAAAUAUUAUAUUUUUAUUCUUGUGAUAAAUAAAUUGUGAUAAAUUUUUAUAUAUUAAAAAAAA